UAGGACCGUAAAAAGACUGGUAGUAAAAAUCAUUUUAGCUGCUGUUUGAUGACGCCAUAGACCACGAAAGCCAUUUCUUACAAGAAAAGCAACAAAAAGCAGCCUUUAUGUGAGAAAGUGAUUUCUACAGCAGUGAAAAUAGUUGCCUGACAAGCCGAGUGACGCACAGAGAAGUGAUGCUUAUUCAUGAAUGGACUGAAGAUAUAAAGGUUACGUAGCUCUUCGUCUCACAGCAACGGGGUGAUUUAUGAAAUGGCACAUUUUCGGUAGCUACACACUACUGUGAACAGUUUUUUAUGUGUCUUUCUUCUUCAGUGUUUUUAUACGUCGUUUCUACAAGAUAAUUUUGUUUAACAAUAGUUGUGUUAAGUUUUUCGAAUUUAUUUAAUCAAAUCGCAGCAUGCCGUUGAUAGAUGCUGUCAAUGCUUACUGAGCAUGCGCAGUGGCGCACUGCACUGAAGCAGCAAUUGGCGGAAAAAUAUGAGAGCGUAUGUUCUUUAUUGACAAAACAGGUCCAUCUCUCUGAGAGAAAAGGUGACCAGCUGAAUCCUCAGAAGCAUGUCAGAGGAAAAGGCUUCGUUCCCAACAAAGAGGAUUUUUCCUAUUGUUGAAAAUGCUUUUAAAGCAUCCAAGAAGCAUAAAAACAAGAGAGUGAAGAAAGAAAAAAAGGAUAAGAGCAAAGCCAAGUGUGUGCCCAGCUUCUUGUUGCAUGAUGGCUGCUGCGAGACAGACUUUACUCAAAAGCAAGAGACUAAAAAAAGAAAAAAGACAAAGAAGAAAAACAAACGCGAGGAAGACUUCCAGAAACCUAAAAUCAAAAAACAGCCCAACAAACUCGAAGACACACAACUUCAGCCCAUUAUCUUCAUCUCCCCUGAUCAGGAGACAAAACAACAACAUUCAACUGAGAACGAGAGUCAUAGAAGAGUGAAAGAGAGAGGGAAGAUUAUAAAGAGAGUCAUUUUCAACUUGCCAACUGAGACAAACCAACCUGCAACUAAUUACAAUGAACAUGGAAAGAAGCAGUUUGUGGGCGAAAGCAGCUUGGAAUCUAGUACAGCUGAAGAAAUGAACAGCCAAGAUCUGUUUAUCACGCAGAAAUCGUUCUUGGAUCCAUGUGUGGAGAUCUCCAGCAGCUCAAGCUGCAAUGAAGCCACUAUAGCCACUGAAGCCACUGCAAUGAAGGCACCAGAGAAGAGUUCAAGUAGGUCAACAGCUGAAGCGACUACUCAAACCGAGAACUUCUUUACCUUCUCAGCGCUCUCCAGCUCUCUCAGGUUUCAGCAGCAGAAGAACACGGCCACGUGCUCGGAGGAACCGGUGGACCUGAGCUUGCCGAACAGAACAAGACGAACGCACAGGCCAAAACAUCCCGCCCUCGAGUCUGCAAAUCCACCCAAGCUGAAGAUAUCAGACACGUCGAGUGAAGAUGGUGAUGCGGGAUCCAAGAGCAAAGGUGAUCUGCUCCAGCUGAAAGUCGUUCAGACUCGCUUGAACGAGUCUUUCUUUUUUAAGGUGAAGGGUGAAGAUUCACCAAAGCCCAUGUGCCCUUUGAUGAAGUUCACGGAAAGCGUUGAGAAAAGAGGGAAGAAGUGAAACCGUACCAAGCUAAAAUGUUACAGAUUCGUGAUGGGAAAAAAAGUAGAGUUCUGUGGACAUUCAAAAUAAGACACAAAACUUAGGCAUUUGCAGUUUUAUUCUGUAUAAUUACAUUGUUCGCUUUGAUGUUAACAUCCAGUUAAAUGUUCCUGUAUAUGAAUCUUCCAUGUCUAUUGUUUACAAGCAAACAUUGUUCACAAAAAUGCAUAACAUUAAAAUAGUCUCAUGU